CUUCAAAGUGAUUCGGAGAGCCAGGCAGAGAGUCACCAAGGACUCAUUUCGUGAUAUUUAGAAGACCCAUCCAGUAAUCGUGACCCUAACUGUAAACGUGAAGGCGUUUACUUGGGGAUUUGGGCCUGCCCGUUGGGCGUUAUCGGCCCAAGAGUACGGAGAGAUGUCGAUUCGGACGGCAGCUCAACGUCUCGUGCAAAAUGGUCGGGUCAUUCUGCGUUCUCUCAGGAAUCCCGAGCAUCGAUACAAUAGCUGCUAUUCCAGAAGCCAGCUCGACAAGAUACACGUUGUGGAAUUAGGCAAAUCACAGGGCCACGUGCCUCAGGCUAGUGGUAAUGGCUCGGCUGCAGGGAGACAUCUCGGCUUCCUGGGAGCUCAGGCUCGACGAAUAUUUGUUGAUAAUAUCUUGAAACGGGUGACAAAUACUCUUGCAGCUGAUCUACGACGACGUGCAGCUAGUCGUCUUUUGUUUGGGGAUUCUGCACCUUUCUUUGCUCUUGUCGGAGUGUCUUUAGCAUCUGGUACAGGAAUACUUACAAAGGAUGACGAACUAGAAGGAGUCUGUUGGGAGAUUAGGGAAGCCGUUUCAAAGGUACAAUGGAACACGCCACAAAACGACAAAAAUUACGAAACUACGACUAUCGAAGAGCCACCAGCAGGUCUGAAAGACUUCGUAAUUGGCCCAGUUAUUGCAAAAGGAUGUUCCGCUGUUGUUCACGCUGCUCGUUUCAAGGACGCAUCGGAAAAAAAAGAUUCCGAUCAAAUAAUGAUCGACGAUCAGUCCAAGAAUUUGUCAACUUUCCCAUUGGCUAUCAAGAUGAUGUUUAAUUACGAUGUUGAAUCAAAUGCUACUGCAAUCUUGAGAGCAAUGUACCGUGAGACAGUACCAGCCAGGAAGCACUACAGGAAUGAUGAAUUGGCACAAUGGGAACAAAGAAUGGCUGAUAAUAAAAGAAAUCUUCCUCCACAUCCAAAUAUAGUAGCUAUGUAUUAUGUCUUUGCUGAUAUGGUGCCUGCGCUACCAGAAUCAAUAAGAAUGUAUCCUGAUGCUCUUCCUGAAAGACUCAAUCCUUACGGAUCAGGAAGAAAUAAGAGCCUCUUUUUGCUUAUGAAAAGAUACGAUGUCACAUUGAAACAGUAUAUGACCGAUCGUGAAGUCAGUACUCGUGUGUCCAUCUUGUUGCUCGCCCAACUCCUGGAGGGAGUUGCACACAUGAAUGCUCACGGUAUUGUACACAGAGAUUUGAAGAGUAACAAUAUUCUGUUGGAUUUGUCCGAAGAAUUAGACAAUUGUCCGACCUUAGUAAUCACUGAUUUUGGUUGUUGCUUGGCCGACAAGAAUCAUGGUCUUUAUAUGCCAUACAAUAGCCACGACAUUGACAAAGGCGGGAACAUAGCGCUCAUGCCACCGGAAAUCGUAACAGCUGAACCAGGUCCUUUCACUAGUUUGAAUUAUACCAAAGCUGACCUCUGGACAGCGGGAACUAUUGCUUAUGAGAUAUUCGGUCAGAGAAAUCCCUUCUACGAGGAUAAAAAGGCAAAAACUGCUUUGAAAAAUCAUAUUUACACCGAUGAUGCGCUUCCGGCUCUACCGGAAACUGUUCCUGGAGUUAUAGCUGCUUUGAUUAAAAAUAUACUGAGCAGAAGCAUGUAUAAGCGACUCAGUCCUGACAUAGCAGCUACGAUUAUACAAUUGUACUUAUGGGCACCAAACGCCUGGCUUCGAAAUGAAGGCAAGCUGCCCUCAAGUAACGAGAUUCUCCAAUGGUUGUUGAGCUUAACCACAAAGGUACUUUGCGAGGGUCGUAAAUUCGAUCAUUACCAACCGGAAAUGCUUUAUGAUAAGAAAAAGCAGGAGAUAACACGACAGAAUUCGUAUCGCCACGAACUCUCGACGCGCUCAUGUGGACGACGCACAAUGCCAGAGUAUCAGCUUAUAGCAAGCUUUCUUAGUAGAGUAACAUUGAGUAACGUGAGGGAUGGCUUGAAGUGGAUACAGCGAAACGCCUAAUAUUUAUUUGCUUUUUUUUUAUAUUAACGGCGUAGAGAGUUUAAAUUAACACUGGUGAGUAAGAUCAUCAGGGGACUGCGCAUGCGCCACUUCAGUAGAAAUGAAACAAAAAUAGCCGGUCUGGCACUUAGAUGUACAGAUUCUUAUUAACAGAAAUACAGCCUUGUUUAAGGUUGCGAAAGUAUUGAUGUGAAAAACACGCGAAACGGUUACUUAAUAACCGAAAGAUAAUUAAUCAGUUUGUUUUUUGUUUGCCCUCAAAGAAGUAUUCGCUGAGCACAGGUAUACAAAGCUUUCUUAGUGUUCAAAUUGAAUUUUUGUACUCGUCGAACCACAAAAGGGAAGGAAGUGAUUCAUUUGGCUUUUUUUUUUCUUCAUUUACAUUUAUGCAUGCCACGGGAGAAAGAGAACAUUACACCCUUUUGUGAUUCAUGUGCCUUUAAUAUCGAGGUAUGAAAUUGUUGAUUGGAUUUAAUUUGAGAAUUAUUGUUUUAUUCUUAACUUUUCGCUUAGCUCAAGCGACCCUUCGCGCGUCUUAUAUAAAAUAUAUGAAAAAAAAAUCAACCAGAAAAAAGCCAAAAAAAAUAGAAAAAUGGUAGACUAGAAGGAACGGAUUUCGUUUUGGCUGCAAUCUUUUGAGUUUUCUCAGUAAAGAUUGAUUACGUCGCGUAUACAGAAUAAUAUUAAUGAUUACCGUGCAGUACAUGAAAAUGAGUACUGACACGAGUAACAAUAUUUUUUCUUCUCUUUUCGAUCUUCCGAAGACUUUGUUCACGGACUAUUUAUUGUAUAUCUUCAAUGGUAUAACUUAUAGAAUUUUUCAGAUCAUCAAUUUUGGUUUUAAUAAGUUAGAGACUUGAGAAAUCAAGACCACGUAUAUUUGAAACUAUACUGAAAGUUUAUAUUUCCAUAAUGAAUUCGCGUUCUGGUCACAGUUGGUGAUUUGAAAAUUGCAGGUGUAAAUAUUAAUAAUUUGUUCUGGUUAGUUCGAGAGACGUAAUGGGCUUGUAUAAAAUAAAUUGGAAAUAAAGAUUGUACAUAGGAGUGAUGGAAAAAUCA